CAGUUUCUCUCUCAUGGCGUCUCUAGUUAUACACUGUACACUAUAUCACUGUCCAUAUCCUUCUCUCUCGUCUUUAACAUUUCUGCUCUGCAUUCCUUGCAGUUCACGCUAAUCGCCUGUGUCGGUCUCCUUACCUCUCUCUAUCUCCAUCAACAAUGGCUGACGCCUCUGAACUCGGCUUCCCUUCUUCUUGAAAUUCGCUUCUAACUAGAAACUUCAAAGAAUCUGGGUCAUUUUCUUUUGGGUUCCUUUUUGUUCCUCGUGGGUGGGUGGAGAAGAAGAAGAAGAGGACGAAGAAGAAAAUGAAGGUUCGGGUGAAAGGCUGGGUUUUAUCCCUGGCAAUGGCGGUUUUCGUUCUCGUCGGUGUUGCUUCCUCGAUUAACGACGAAGGGAAAGCGCUGAUGGCGAUUAAAGCUUCCUUCAGCAACGUGGCGAAUGUUCUUCUUGAUUGGGACGACGUUCACAACGACGACUUCUGUUCAUGGCGAGGAGUCUACUGCGAUAACAUUAGCCUCUCUGUCGUCUCGUUGAAUCUUUCAAAUCUGAACCUGGGAGGAGAGAUUUCACCAGCUGUCGGAGAUUUGAGGAAUUUGAAGUCCAUAGAUUUACAAGGGAAUAAGCUAGCUGGUCAAAUCCCAGACGAGAUUGGAAACUGUGCUUCUCUUGUUUAUCUGGACUUCUCUAAUAAUCUCCUGUUUGGUGACAUACCAUUUUCAAUCUCUAAACUCAAGCAGCUGGAGUUUCUGAAUCUGAAGAACAAUCAGCUCACAGGCCCAAUACCAGCGACUCUAACACAGAUUCCAAGCCUUAAGACGCUUGACCUUGCAAGAAACCAGCUUAUUGGCGAGAUACCGAGGUUACUUUACUGGAAUGAAGUUUUGCAGUAUCUCGGUUUACGUGGGAAUAUGCUGACGGGCACAUUGUCUCCCGAUAUGUGUCAGCUCACUGGUUUAUGGUACUUUGAUGUGAGAGGCAAUAACUUAACUGGAACCAUCCCAGAGAGCAUUGGCAAUUGCACAAGCUUUGAGAUCCUGGACAUAUCAUAUAAUCAGAUAACCGGAGAGAUUCCCUACAAUGUUGGAUUCCUCCAAGUCGCCACUUUGUCACUUCAAGGAAACAGGCUUACGGGUAAAAUUCCGGCAGUGAUUGGUCUAAUGCAAGCCCUUGCUGUUCUGGAUUUGAGUGACAAUGAGCUAGAUGGGCCUAUUCCUCCAAUCCUUGGCAACCUCUCGUACACCGGAAAGCUGUACCUCCAUGGCAACAAGCUCACUGGACCUAUCCCACCUGAGCUCGGCAAUAUGUCACGACUCAGCUAUUUGCAACUGAAUAACAAUGAACUCGUGGGAAGUAUCCCGCCCGAGCUUGGGAAGCUGGAGCAAUUGUUUGAACUGAAUCUUGCCAACAACCGGCUUGUAGGACCAAUUCCUUACAACAUUAGUUCAUGUGCUGCCUUGAAUCAGUUCAAUGUGCAUGGGAAUCUCCUCAGUGGAUCUAUACCAUUGGGAUUUAGGAAUCUUGGCAGCUUGACUUAUCUGAAUCUUUCGGCGAACAAUUUCAAGGGCAAAAUACCUGCUGAGCUCGGGCAUAUCAUCAACCUCGAUAAAUUGGAUCUGUCGGGCAAUAAUCUUUCAGGGUCUAUACCAUCAACCCUCGGUGAUCUUGAGCACCUUCUGAUAUUAAAUUUAAGCGGAAAUCAUCUAAAUGGCCCGUUACCUGCAGACUUUGGGAACCUUCGAAGCAUUCAAAUUGUUGAUGUGUCAUUCAAUAUCCUCUCCGGUGUUAUUCCCACUGAACUCGGCCAGUUGCAGAACAUUGUCUCCUUAAUUCUGAACAAUAACAAGUUUCAUGGGAAAUUACCGGACCAGCUUACAAAUUGCUUCUAUCUGGUCAAUCUGAAUGUCUCCUUCAACAAUCUUUCGGGGAUGAUCCCACCAAUGAAAAACUUCUCACGUUUUGCCCCUUCAAGUUUCAUUGGAAACCCAUAUCUAUGUGGAAACUGGGUUGGCUCUAUUUGUGGCCCUUUGCCUAAAUUUCGAGUCUCCAGAGCUGCUAUCAUUUGCAUGGUCCUCGGGUUCAUCACUCUGCUAUGCAUGAUCAUCAUUGCGAUAUACAAAUCAAGGCAACAGAAGGAAAUCCUGAAAGAUUCUUCAAAACCAGUUGAAGGUUCUUCCAAGCUUGUGGUUCUUCACAUGGACAUGGCCAUUCACACGAUCGAUGAUAUAAUGAGAGCGACUGAGAAUCUCAGUGAGAAGCAUAUCAUCGGCUGUGGUGCUUCCAGCACCGUUUACAAAUGCACGCUGAAAAAUUCCCGGCCUGUUGCCAUUAAGCGGCUCUACAAUCAGUACCACCACAACUUGCACGAGUUUGAGACAGAGCUUGAGACCAUCGGGAGCAUUAGGCACAGAAACAUUGUCAGCUUGCACGGAUACGCCUUGUCUCCUUAUGGCAACCUCCUUUUCUAUGACUACAUGGAAAAUGGGUCUCUUUGGGAUCUUCUUCAUGCAGGGUCAUCGAAGAAAGUGAAGCUUGACUGGGAAACUCGCCUGAAAAUUGCAGUGGGAGCUGCUCAAGGAUUGGCGUAUCUUCACCACGACUGCACCCCUCGGAUCAUCCAUCGGGACAUCAAGUCGUCAAACAUACUUCUAGACGAGAACUUCGAAGCCCAUCUGUCUGAUUUCGGGAUUGCCAAGUGCAUUCCAGCAACCAGAACUCAUGCUUCAACGUAUGUUCUGGGAACGAUCGGUUAUAUCGACCCUGAAUAUGCUUGCACUUCACGGCUGAAUGAGAAAUCUGAUAUCUACAGCUUUGGGAUAGUCCUUCUCGAGCUUCUAACAGGGAAGAAGGCUGUGGAUAAUGAGUCCAACCUGCAUCAACUGAUAUUGUCAAGGGCCGACGAUAACACGGUGAUGGAGGCGGUCGAUCCGGAGGUUUCAGUGACGUGCAUGGAUUUAGGACACAUCAGGAAGACAUUUCAGUUGGCUCUGUUGUGUACGAAACGAAACCCUUCAGAGAGACCGACCAUGCACGAGGUUUCCAGGGUUCUGCACUCUCUUCUGCACCCAGCCACUGCGUUAAAGAAGCUUUCUCCUGUGGACUACGCGCAGUUUUUUGUCGAGAAAAAGCAGCACGGCGUUCGUCAGCUGCAGGAAGAACAGCAAGAAGUUCAACGACUGCGUGAGAACCACUCAUCUGACGCAGCGGCGGCAGAAGCUCCAUCACAGUGGUUCGAUCAGUUCCGAGAAGUGAUUUCCAAAAGUAGCGUAUGAGACAAGAAAGUGUUUUGAAGUUCCAUUUAGGUUUUGUCGCUUACUUGCGUCCCAAGAAAUUGGUAAGGUUAGAGUUUUAAAUUCUACAUCAGGGGCUGGUUUUCUUGUGAAUUUAGGGGUGGGAGCGGGGGCAUUUUGGGAAAAGUAGAAAUUUCGAGGAUAGUUGUGGAAUGAAAUGAAUGUGUAUGGAAGGGUAUUCAAGGCAAGAACAAGGUAUAGCUGAAAAUAGGUUCGUGAAGUUAAUGUUGGUUUCCCCAAGGACAUGUUCACGAGUUCGUUAAAUUACUGGUCCCCCUCUUGAAUGCUGUC